AUGCUAAUACACUGGAGGUUGAAAUGUGACCGGCAACAACCAUGCAAGACAUGCGUCGAUCGCGGACUCUCAUUGUCGUGCACAUAUGUUCGUAGCACCCCGACGCCAAGAGAACCCAAAGUCCCUACCAGCGUUCAUGACAGGAUUGAUCAACUCGAGAAGCUUGUCACCAAUCUUAUCGGCGGCAACGCAGCUGAUCUUGUUAAUCCCGUGCUGUCUAGUCCAGCACAGGAGCAGCAUCAUGACGAACAAACAAACCCUGAACUUCCUGGAACUCCGGAUCGCGUGAGGAUCAGCGGCGACACCACAAGUUACACUAACGGGGGUCAUUGGACAAGCAUUCUUGAUAGUAUCUCAGAGUUGCGCGAACACCUUGAUCAAAUCCCCACGUCAACCAUUCCUAGAGAUGAAGUACUGGAUGAUGUACCGGGACCAGAGCUGCUGUUUGGACGUUAUCCGCAUGCGACCAAAGAAGAACUACUCGCCGCUCUCCCUCCGCGAUCAGAAGCAGAUCGCUUCGUGAAUACGUUCUUCGUAUCAAUGGAAACACACCCGACCUUGAUACACAAACCAACCUUUCUCAAGCGGUACAACGAGCUCUGGAUACGGCCAUUCGAAGCCCCCACCAUGUGGUUGGGCGUGCUAUAUGCCGCGUUCGCGCUCGGCUUUCGGUUCCAAGCCGCAAUGGACGCUUCUCAACCCAGUAGUUCCGAUCUAGCUACUGAUUCAGUGCGCAUGAACUUUUACCGCGAAAAGGCUGUACAAUGCAUGAUCCUCGCGAACUAUACCAAGACCCCACCAUAUACGAUCGAGGCAUUUCUGCUCUAUUUUGGUACAGAGUUCGUUCGCUCAGUAGACAGCCAAUUCAGCGUAUACAUGCUUGUAGGUAUGAUCGUACGCCUUUGUUUCCGCAUGGGUUACCACAGAGAUCCAUCGAGAUUCCCGAACAUAUCACCUUAUAGAGGCGAGCUGCGACGUCGCAAGUGGCUUGUAGUCAUGUCACUCGAUCUCAUUACUUCUGCUCAGGCCGGAUUGCCGAGAAUGAUCAUGCCAUUCAUGUACGACACUCAAGAGCCUCGCAACCUGGACGAAGACGACCUCCACGAAGACAUGCUAGAACUGCCACCGUCAAGGCCAGAAACUGAGUUGACGCAGCUGCUCUACUCCAUCAUUCUCACAAGAGUGCGGCAUCUCCAGGCACGAAUCUUGGACCUAGUCAAUACUACUUCUCAGCCACCAUACCGAGAGAUCAACGAUAUCGAUAUUGCUCUAAGACGAGUCUUCGAUGGGGUACCACAAUCCUCCAUAGCCAGCACCGUCGAGGAUUUUGGUAGCGCUCUGUCACCAACCUCUAUGCGCCACUUGUAUUUAGACUUGGCGUUCCUGAAAGCUGAGCUUAUGUUGCACAGACCUUACCUUGUACUCGGACGAACAGAUGCCAGAUAUACAUACUCUCGAAGAGUAUGUCUAAAUGCCUCCAUAGAAAUGCUUGACUUUCAGAACAAGAUUGAUGCCGAGGUUCAACCAGGAGGCAAAUUGUUUACUCCAGGGUGGCGGCUUUCUACCGUGAGUUGGUACAUGUCUUCGGUCGUUGCACAAGACUUUCUUCUCGCAACUACUGUCCUAGUCCUCGAACUAGACGCAGACCCCAUCCCUCCUGUUCUACAGGCCCCUGAGUCCACGCAAAGCGAGAUGAGACUAGAUCAUGCACCUCCUACACGCGAGGAAAUUGUAGCAUCAUUACGGUCGGCGUACCGCAUUUGGUCUAGAGCCAGUAAGAGGUCUCAAGAGGCGCGUAAGGUAGCCACAGCCGUAAAAAUUGUCCUCUCUAGAGCCUGCAAUACGAAGGAACAGGUUGCGGACUCUGCACAGACUACUGUCUCUUGUGCACAGUUCAACAUUACUUCUCCAGCACCAUCUUUCGACUUCAGCGACCCUGAAUCUGCUGUUACCGCGCCAGUUCCUUUUGGUAUGGGCAAUGGUGCUUUCGGACAUCCGUUCGACUUUGGCUAUAUGCCCAUGGAUUUAGACCAGCCUAACUUACCUUUUGAUUGGGUAAGUUAG